UCCGGCAUCCACACACCCCUGCAAGUGAGCAUUUCCUCUCCCUCUCCGGGGCGGGGCUCAUCCAUGCACGGGGGCGGGAUGGGUGUCUUCUUCCUCUAACCGGCCGGCCUCUUGCCAAGAGAAUCAUAUCGCCGUCCAUGCAUAUAUGUGAUAUCCGUCUCCCAGGGCCGGUGAUGUUUACACGAGAGGAGGAAUUCUAGCCUGCCUCUUCCUCUGAUCGUUGUCAGCAAGAUUCUCCGUCCAACCGCCAGAACCAAAAUCCCUUUUAAAGCAAGGGAGCUCCCAGCUCCCGAGUUUCCCCAAACACUUCAUUUCAGCCUUCAGCUAUGGAGGCAUCAUCGGCAUCAGCGGUCGAGUCGACCGCCACCGUGUCCGUCUUCGAUGUAUCAUCCAACAAGCAGCGCCCAGACACGGCGAAGCUCGUGCUGAACAGCCCCAGCCCGCCGAGCCUGCGCGAGGAGCUCGUCGGCGUGGUCGGCAAGGCGUUCCGGCCACGGCCCCCCGGCGGCGGUGGCCGGGCGCCGCGCUGCCCGUGGAUCCUCACGGCGCUGCAGUGCGUGUUCCCGGUCCUGCAGUGGGGGAGGACCUACACCCUCAAGUCCUUCAGGAGUGACGUCAUGGCCGGCCUCACUCUUGCCAGCCUUGGCAUCCCUCAGAGCAUUGGAUAUGCCAACCUAGCCAAACUGGACCCUCAGUACGGUCUUUACACAAGUGUCGUGCCACCGCUGAUCUACGCUGUCAUGGGGACAUCGAGGGAGAUCGCCAUCGGCCCAGUCGCCGUCGUCUCGCUGCUGCUGUCGUCGAUGAUCCAGAAGGUCGUCGACCCGGCCGCCGACCCGGCAACCUACAGGUCGCUCGUCUUCACGGUGACUUUCCUCGCCGGCGUCUUCCAGGUCUCCUUCGGCCUCUUCAGGCUGGGGUUUCUCGUGGAUUUCCUGUCGCACGCUGCCAUCGUGGGGUUCAUGGGCGGGGCGGCCAUCGUGAUCGGACUGCAGCAGCUCAAGGGCCUGCUUGGGCUCAGCCAUUUCACCAACAGCACCGAUGUUGUUUCUGUCGUCAAGGCCGUCUGCUCUGCGCUACAUGACCCGUGGCACCCGGGCAACUUCCUCAUCGGAUGCUCCUUCCUUAUAUUCAUCCUCACCACACGCUUCAUCGGGAGGAGGUACAAGAAGCUGUUCUGGCUGUCAGCGAUUUCACCUCUGCUAUCGGUCAUCCUGUCCACCGCUGCAGUCUACGCAACAAGGGCCGACAAGCACGGCGUCAAGAUCAUCCAGAAGGUGCACGCAGGCUUAAACCCAAGUUCAGCCAAGCAGAUACACCUGAACGGGCCGCACGCCACGGAAUGUGCCAAGAUCGCCGUCAUCUGCGCAGUCAUCGCCCUCACGGAAGCUAUCGCCGUUGGGCGAUCUUUCGCCUCGGUAAGAGGGUACAAACUUGACGGCAACAAGGAGAUGCUGGCGAUGGGGUUCUCCAACGUUGCUGGAUCUCUGUCCUCGUGUUAUGUGGCAACAGGUUCAUUCUCCAGAACGGCAGUGAACUUCAGCGCGGGCGCCAGGUCGACUGUUUCGAACAUCGUCAUGUCCAUCACCGUGUUCGUUGCCUUGGAGUUGUUCAUGAAGCUCCUCUACUACACACCCAUGGCGGUGCUCGCCUCCAUCAUUCUAUCAGCUCUUCCGGGGCUGAUCGACAUCAAAGAAGCUUGCAACAUAUGGAAAAUAGACAAGAUGGAUUUCCUCAUCUGCCUUGGUGCAUUUGUUGGUGUCCUGUUUGGGUCGGUGGAGAUUGGGCUUGCAGUUGCACUUGCCAUUUCCUUCGCAAAGAUCAUCAUACAGUCAAUUCGACCUCAGGUAGAGGUUCUUGGCAGGCUACAAGGGACAAACAUCUUCUGCAGCGUCAGACAAUACCCUGUAGCUUGCCAAACUCCGACUGUGCUACCGAUACGCAUGGACACAUCCUUCCUCUGUUUCAUCAAUGCCACUUUCAUCAAAGAAAGGAUCAUAGAGUGGGUUCGGGAAGAAGUGGAGAACCCAAAUGGAAAAGCGAGAGAGAGGAUACAAGCAGUUGUCCUUGAUAUGUCAAGUGUGGUAAACAUCGACACUUCAGGACUCACUGCUCUGGAAGAAAUACACAAGGAGUUGGUGUCUCUUGGCAUACAGAUGGCUAUAGCCAGUCCAGGAUGGAAGGCAGUUCAGAAGAUGAAAGUGUCGCGGGUGGUCGACAGAGUAGGAGAAGAUUGGAUCUUCAUGACAGUAGGUGAAGCAGUGGAGGCCUGUCUAGCUGCUCAUAAGGGCACAGCUCUCGAAUGUUGAGCAUGCGCUUAAUUAGCACUCCACUAUUAGUACUGCUAAGGAUAAUCCCAUAAGCGAUGCGGCUUUGCAUCCUAUGAAGGUGUUACUGCAAAUGCUUACAAACAGAAAUGCAUGUUUGCACAUGAUGGUGACGAAGUACCUAUGAGAUAUGACUGAAGUGGUCGUGGUGGGAAACAAUCCUGCUGUGGGAAGAACAAUCCUUGAGCUUCACAAGACAUGUUUUGGUGCUAUCUUCAUGAUCUGUACUUGUACUUAGUUUUUCUUUU